GAAACAAUAGUGAAGUUAACUUGCCUCGCCUCCAUCAUGCCAUCAUUUCCUAUCCUUAUUCACACACUCACUUCAACACUAACACUAUGGCCACACGAUGGAGAGUGACUAAAGCCACCGCUACUAUCUUCAGUGUUUUUCUCAUCUUUUGCUCCUCCUUUUCAUCGUUGGAAGCAACACCAGUUGGUUAUGGCUACACAAUCUCAACUGUUUACAAUUUUCCCAUAACCAACUCUUUAACUGCAAACCUUGAUCUCAUCAAACCCUCCUCUGUUUUCGGACCCGACAUUCCACACCUCUCCCUCACUGCCAGUUUUGAGAACAAGGAUAGGUUGAGAGUGAGAAUCACCGACUCCAAUCACCAAAGAUGGGAAAUUCCACAAGAAGUCAUUCCCAGAGGCUCCUCUUUCCAGUAUUACCCUCUUCGCUCCCUCAAUAGUAAACAAGGUUCCCCUCAGAAAAAACACUCUUUCAGUCUCACACAUCCAAAUUCAGACCUUGUUUUCACUCUCCACAACACUACCCCAUUUGGCUUCACAGUCUCGCGCAAAUCCUCCAACGAUGUCCUCUUCAACACGGCACCUAACCCUUCCAACCCCGAAACUUUUCUUAUUUUUAAGGAUCAAUACCUGCAGCUCUCUUCCUCUCUUCCAUCACAAAGAGCCUCUCUAUUCGGCCUCGGGGAACACACCAAGAGCUCCUUCAAGCUGCGACCGAACCAGACCCUUACACUGUGGACUGCAGACAUUGCAAGUGCCAACUUGGACUUGAACCUUUAUGGCUCUCACCCUUUUUACUUGGACGUGAGAUCAUCCUCUUUUGAUGGAAAAGUGAAGGCUGGCACCACACACGGGGUGUUGUUAUUCAACAGCAAUGGAAUGGACAUUAUGUAUGGCGGUGAUCAAAUUACAUAUAAGGUCAUUGGUGGGGUUUUUGAUUUCUACUUUUUCGUUGGAUCAACUCCUGAACUGGUGUUGGAGCAAUACACUGAAUUCAUUGGCAGGCCUGCUCCCAUGCCUUAUUGGUCCUUUGGUUUUCAUCAGUGUCGAUAUGGCUACAAGAAUGUAAGUGAUCUCCAGGAUGUGGUUGCCAACUAUGCAAAAGCAAGUAUACCCCUUGAAGUUAUGUGGACAGAUAUCGAUUACAUGGAUGCAUAUAAAGAUUUCACAUUUGAUCCAAUCAACUUUCCGCUGGAUAAGAUGAGAAGUUUUGUUGAUACUCUUCACAAGAAUGGUCAGAAAUAUGUGCUUAUCGUGGAUCCAGGUAUCAGUGUAAAUGAGACAUAUGCAACCUAUAUUAGAGGUUUGCAGGCUGAUGUCUACAUAAAGAGGAAUGGAAGCAACUAUCUUGGUAAAGUUUGGCCUGGACCAGUUUAUUAUCCUGAUUUUCUAAACCCUCGCAGCCAAGCAUUUUGGGGCCGGGAAAUCAAAUUAUUUAGGGACCUGCUCCCUAUUGAUGGUCUUUGGAUUGACAUGAAUGAGUUAUCUAAUUUCAUUACUUCUCCUCCCAUUCCAUUUUCUAAUCUUGAUAAUCCUCCCUAUAAAAUUAACAAUGUUGGAGAUCAACAUUCCAUUAAUGACAGAACAGUUCCAGCAACAUCUUUACACUUUGGUAAUAUCACUGAGUAUAAUGUCCACAAUUUAUAUGGACUACUAGAAUCCAAAGUAACUAACAAAGCCUUAAAGGAUAUAACUGGCAAAAGGCCAUUCAUCCUAAGUAGAUCAACUUUUGUGAGUUCUGGUAAGUAUGCUGCCCACUGGACAGGAGACAAUGCUGCUACAUGGAAUGAUUUGGCAUACUCAAUCCCUGCGAUAUUAAAUUCUGGAAUCUUUGGAAUUCCAAUGGUUGGAGCAGAUAUAUGUGGUUUCGGAGGAAAUACAACUGAAGAACUUUGCCGGCGCUGGAUCCAGUUGGGGGCUUUUUACCCCUUCGCAAGAGAUCAUUCAGACAAGAACUCCAAUAGGCAAGAGCUUUAUCUUUGGGACUCCGUUGCAGAUUCAGCUAAGAAAGUGCUUGGCCUCCGUUAUCGUCUUCUCCCUUAUUUGUACACACUGAUGUAUGAAGCACACACAAAAGGGACACCAAUUGCACGACCCCUUUUCUUUUCUUUCCCUGAGGAUGUCACAACUUACGAAAUAAGCUCACAAUUUCUAUUAGGUAAAGGGGUUCUGGUGUCACCUGUGCUACAAUCUGGGGCAACCUCUGUUGUUGCAUACUUUCCUAAAGGAAGCUGGUUUGACCUCUUUAAUGUCUCAAAUUCAGUGAAUGCAGAAUCAGGCAAGUAUGUUACUCUUGAUGCUCCAUCUGAUCACAUAAAUGUGCAUGUUGGGGAAGGUAAUAUUUUAGCUUUGCAAGGUGAAGCAAUAACAACUGUUGCUGCCCGGAAAACUGCAUUUCAACUUGUGGUAGUUAUCAGUAACAGCGGAAGUAGUUUUGGACAAGUGUAUUUGGAUGAUGGGGAGGCACUUGACAUAGCAGGGGUGAAUGAUCAGUGGACAUUGGCAAGCUUUUAUGGCGCAUUACACAACAACAGUGUUUUAGUAACAUCUAAGGUCACUAAUGCAAGAUUUGCUCUGGACCAAAGGUGGAUCAUAGACAAUGUAAGUUUCUUGGGGAUACCUAAGAAUAAGAGAUUUAAUGGAAUGGAUUUGGCAGGAAAUGAGUUGAAAAUUGUGAAUGGCAUGGAUUCAAUGAGGACGGCAGUUGUGAAGUCAGAAUUUGAUAGCUCUUCUCAAUUUGUUAAUGUACAAGUUUCAAAAUUGUCACUUCCUAUUGGAGAGGAAUUCAAGCUGGAGAUAGAAAUCAAGUAGAAGGGUACUUUAAGAUAGCAAAUUCCCACAAAGAAUUUGUGCUCUCUUUAUAGUUGCAUCGUUUUGGCUCUUCGUUUUAUCACUGCUAAGGUUACUAUAUAAGGAUGUCAUUUUCCCAAACCACGACACAAACAUUCAUAAAAUGUCAUAUUUUGUGUCAGGAAUAAAUUUUACAGAAUAUUGUCAACAUGGCUAUGAAGUUCAAGCCUAAACGUAUGUCUGCCUAUCAAUAACGGGGUGAGUAUUACCUAGUACUGGUGGUCGCUCUUAAUUUAUGCAAUCAAUGUAGCAAUUACCUUUAGUUGAGGUUCCAUGAGUCCUACUCUUAUAACUCUUCACACUCUAUUUAGUUGGAUUCAUGCUAGCAGUGCAGUAUCCACAAACAUCUUUUGCGUAGACUGAUAAUAGAAACUACUGUUUCAUUUGUAGUUCAACUUAUAUGAGAUUUAUUAACUUACCGAGGAAA